AUGACUGCUGCGUGGAAAGCCGCCGGUUUGACCUACAACCGCUACCUGGCCGUUGCCUCCCGUGCCAUCCGCCGAAGCCUCAAGGAGGACAAGAGAAUCAAUGCCGAGCGACGUGCUGUUUCCGAGCUGCGAUUUGCUACCUGGAAGAACGGCAAGGCUGGUGAGCCCAAGGAUCUUGCUGCCGCCAACGCCGCCGCCAUGGCCGAGAGCGCCUCCUCUUAA